GUACUUUGCUGCACGUUUUUGUGGAACAAGAUGGCGAGUCGCGAAUAUGGCCUCGACGGGCUGCCGACGCUGCCGCUCCUCGAGCAAGUCCACCGGCUCCAUCACGCCAUCUCCAUGGGGUACCCGUACCGCGAGACGCAGGCGUGGACGACCAUGCCAAUUGCCGACAAACGACGCCUCUUGCAGUACAUCAAGGAGAGCCGCGACGCUGCCGCUGUCAAGGCACCGCCGCCAGCGCCCAAGGACACGUCUGGCAUCGCGGAAGACGACGAUUACGACGAUGAGAAACCGGCGCCGUCCGCGCCAACCAAUGCCCACGACGACGGGCCAGCGCCCAUGGCGUCGCCAAGCCGCAGCAACGCGCCGCCCGACCCGACGAACGACAUGUACUUGAACAUGAUCGAGACGCGCACGCCGACUGGCCGCCGCCGAUGGACGAUCCAAGAUGCACCCGCGCCGGUCUGUCCGUGCGGCCAGACGCAUGCGGCCAAGACAUCGUGCAUUGUGCUCAACGAAAUAAAGCUCAUGAUGACGACGUUUGGUGACGGCGAUUACCCGUGCGACGCUACGGCCACGUACAUCCAAGCCAAAGUCAAGGCCAACUUUCGCGCUGCACUGGGCCCGCUCGAGCAAGUCGAGCUCAUGGGGCUCAUUGAGCGCUUUCCGAACGAAGCCAUGUACUAUGGUCGGUGGAAGGACUUUCGAUCGACGGCCAAGAAUCCGGGCGCGGACGCCAGUAGCAACGCUGCCGACGACACGAUCACGGACGAGAUGGUCGACGAGAUGGACCUCAUUGCGUCGUACGAAGACAAGGAAACGCCGACGUUGGAAGUGUACUUUACGGAGCGCAUCAAGUUUGCCGACGUGCGCACCAAGACGAUGGAGUCGACGACGUACCUCGAGUUCUCCAAGAAGCGCACGACCAACUUCAUGUCGCAGUCGGCGCCGUUUCUGGCGUGGCUCGAUCUGCCCAAGUGCUCACGGGCGACGCUCGAGUUUCUCAACUUUAUCAUCUACAACCGCAUUGGGCUCUACGUGGAAGACGCGAUCCGGGCAAAGCACAGCGGUCAGCUCGUACGGCUCGAGGCGCCGCUCAUGGUCGCCGACAUUGAGGUGGUGGAAGCCAAGCUGUUUGCGUCGACCACGUCCAGCGCCGCUUCGCCGUUUGUGGCUGCCCCGCCGCAGCCUGCCAAGCGCAAGGCCGAGCCCGCACUCUUGGUCUCGCCGCCGGCCGCGCGGCUCAAGCGCCUGCGGUAGCACUCGAGAUGCGAAUCAAAUAGACGUUUUCUAGCUCGGGCGUUGCGGUUGCGAGCUGUGUUGCCUGG